AGACAUCGACAGUCCUGAAUUGUUUUCCGCAAAUUCUCAAAGAACAACUGAUGCUGAACUGAAGGGCUCGAAGACGAGGGAAUCACGAUGCUGUGGAGAAAGCUGUUCUGUUUCGUGCGGUGUAAUGUUCGCCGCUGGUGUUUGCUGUUGUUCCUCACCACCAUUUUACUGUUCUACUACAGGAACGCUUCUGAUACACAGCCAACCACGAACGUUGUUUGUGCUCUGCAAAAUAUCAGCAGAAACAUCGAGAUGAAGCAUGCACAGAAUUUCACGAGUCAUCUUGACAUUUUUCAACCAUUAAAUAUUUUUUACCAACAUCUAGCUGGGUCGCUUCCUGAAGGCAGAAAAUAUUUGUCAAUAGGGAUAUCAUCAGUCAGGAGAAGAAGAGAGAGUUACCUGGCAGGCACACUGCAGUCUAUUUUUGAGAAGAGCAGUCCUGAGGAGUUGGAGGAGAUGGUGGUGGUAAUUUAUCUAGCAGACUUUGAUGUGUUGUGGAGCAUCAACACUGCGAAGGAAAUUGAAGCUAAGUUUGGAUCGCACAUCGAUGCAGGACACCUCGUGGUCAUCCGUUGUCCCCAAGACAUUUACCCGACAUUGGAAGGGCUCAAAAGAAAUUUCAAUGAUCCAGAUGCCAGAGUCAGGUACAGAUCAAAGCAGAAUGUGGACUAUGCUUUCCUAGUUAACUCCUGCACCAAACUGUCUGACUAUUUUUUAAUGCUGGAAGAUGAUGUGUUGUGUGCCAAGAAUUUUGUGUCUUUAAUGAAGAGAUUUGUGGCUUCAGUUGACAGUUCCUGGACCACCCUGAUGUUCUCAAAACUGGGCUACAUUGGCAAGCUGUACCACAGCGCUGACCUGGCCAAGCUAGCCAGGUUCUUGCUCAUGUUCUAUGACGAGAUGCCCUGUGACUGGCUACUGGAGCAUUUCCACAGGGUCAAAGCCCAACCUGAGGAGAUUCGUUUUAGACCGUCUCUCUUUCAGCACAUGGGAAACUACUCUUCAUUCCAGGCCAUUAGGAAUAAACUAAAGGAUGAUGAUUUUGUGGAGGUUUGGAAUUUUCCCGACAAUCCUACAGCGAUGGUCUACACAGACAUUGAGGUCCACAAGCAAUAUCAGCCCAUUAAGGCAUAUAACACGAGAAAUGGCUAUUUCUGGGGUAUAUCACCUAAAAUGGGCAAUUACUUCCUCCUGAUCUUUGUGAAUUCAAUCCGGAUUAAAAAACUCCAGGUAUUGACCGGAUCGAAUGACCCAAAGGCAGACAUGCUGGUUUCCGGCAUUGUGGAGCUGGGCCGAGGGAGAGUGACCACGGGAACCAAUGUGAGUUGCACCUCGUAUAGUAAACUUGGGGACUUUCGUGAAGGGAAGAUUGAGAUGGAGAAUUUCAUGACGGAGACUUCUGAUAAAGUAGACUGCAUCCGCGUGCUGGUGACGAGAGAUCAGAUCGAAUGGCUUAUAAUUAACAGGAUCAAUGUUUGGAUUCUGAAAGAAAAAUAAUUCUCCUCUUUCUACUCCACAUUGGCAGCUCUGACAUGUGACUGUCACCACAACACACACUGCCUUGUUCCCCUGAUCCCAACCAACAGCUC